CCAAAAUUGUCCGAUACUUCAAAUCUUUCCCUUACAUGGAACAAUGGUUUCCGUGUGCUGGCAUUAAAAGGUACCAGUCAAAAUCCCAACGAAGCCUAACCGCGAAACCCACAGCCCACUGCCUUCAACAAUGGAAAAAAUUGUUCAAAGCCUCUCCCCAUUCAUCCCCUUUUCGAAAUCAGAUGAACCGAUCAAUCUUCUAACGAAUCCAAAUUCGACCCACUUCCCUCAGAUGUGUUAAGCACCCCUACAUUCUGUUUAAGCCUUUGAUUUCUCCGUUCCUCUGCUUCUUCCUGUUGUUUCUUCUUCCCCUUUUUUAUUCUCUUCGAUCCCUCUCUUUUUGGAGGGAGGAAGAAGAAAUAGGGGGAAAAUGGAAAACGUAGCUGUCUGGCAAACGGUGGCUUUAUGCGGUUUCCUCUCGUGGAUUGGUUUGGCUUCCUACAUUAACAUAACCCAGAAGCUCAGAUCCUUGCUGCAACCUUGGGUGGCUCGACAUGUCGUCAAAGGCGUUCCUCUCAUCCUCCGAAUCCAGAAAUAUCAGAAUUCGUUCUUCGAUGCUCUGUUUUCUGGGUUGUCUUGCAUUGUUUCUGUGCCCUUCUACACUGCUUUUCUUCCGCUGUUAUUCUGGAGUGGGCAUGGAAAAUUGGCUCGGCAAAUGACUCUUUUGAUGGCGUUUUGUGAUUAUUUGGGGAAUUCCAUCAAGGAUGUGGUAUCAGCUCCUAGACCCAGUUGCCCACCUGUUAGGAGAAUAACUGCCACCAAAGAUGAGGAAGAGAAUGCCAUGGAAUAUGGAUUGCCCUCUUCUCACACGCUAAAUACAGUUUGUUUAUCUGGAUACCUCCUGUAUUAUAUCCUAUCUUAUACUGAAAAUAUACAUGCCUCCUACAUAUUCGUGGGAUUUUCUCUUGUUUGUUUGCUUGUAGGCCUCAUUGGCUUGGGGAGAAUAUACCUGGGCAUGCAUAGCCCAAUUGACAUCAUUUUUGGUCUUGUUUUCGGCUUGAUGAUUCUCUUAUUUUGGUUGAAUGUUCAUGAAUUCGUGGACAGCUUCAUUACCACAGGCCAAAAUGUUACUUAUUUCUGGGGUGCCCUAAGCAUUCUGUUGCUCUUUGCUUAUCCUACACCUGAGUUUCCUACUCCAAGCUUUGAAUUCCACACGGCUUUUGAUGGUGUUGCAUUUGGAAUUGUAGCAGGAGUACAGCAAACAUACCAUCAGUUUCACCAUGAAGCCGUUGCUUGUAUCUUUACUCCACAACUCCCAUUUGCCACGUUUAUUGGUCGGAUGCUUGUCGGUUUACCAACCAUAUUAAUGGUGAAGUUUUGUAGCAAAGCUCUGGCUAAAUGGAUCCUUCCCAUUGUUUCAAACACCUUAGGCUUGUCCAUAAGAUCAACCAGCUAUAUCCCAAUGCUAAAUUCAUCCUCAACUGGUAAGGUAGAUGGGAGCAAACAACGUGGUCCUCUGCACAAGCUGUUCUUCUCAAGUCAGGACUCGUUUGACAUUGACACGGGAAUUAGGUUCGUUCAAUAUGCAGGCCUUGCUUGGUCUGUGGUUGAUCUUGUUCCUUCUCUUUUUUCUUGUUUGAACUUGUGAUCUGCUUAGUUCCAAUCCAAUCAGUUCAAGAUUUUAACCUAAUUGAAUCCUGAGUUCUCUGUAUAUUUUUCAUCUUGCAUAGUCAAUGUUUAGAAGUCUAAUGUCCUUGUGUCAUGGACAUUAUUUUGUAUAAUGAGGUGCGGCAAUUUUAUAUGAAGCCAACGAAUGUGGCCAUUAGCGACUACUAUAUGAGAAACGAACUUUGGAAAUGGAUUGUAAAGUGUAAUGGAGGAAAAUAUGAUUUUUUUUGGUAA